CAGGCGCCCCCCGGGCUCGGCGGCGUGCGGGGACCCCAGGACCCCCGCCCCCGCCCGGGGCAGCCGGAGCCGGAUCGCCGAGCGCGGCGGUGGAUGGAGCCCAGCAGCCCCGAGUCCCGUGCCCUGGAGGUUCAGGCUGCCGCGGGGACAGCGUUUCCAAGACUGGGGCAUGAAGGUCGCUGUGUCGGACCUGGGGUCUCUCUUUGCCAAAAUCUUCAAGACCCCGACGGCGCCCCCGGCGGUCCCCUCGCCGGUGGCCUCCUCCGGCCAUUCGGGGGGCGCUGCCGCCGCAGGCCGGACGGGCUCCAGCGCCUCGCUCAGCGCGGCCCCGACCCCGGCCCUCUUGCCCGCCCUGGCCCCCGACUCCCCCUCCGCCGCGCGGGGAGCACCGCCCGCCUCGCUCCAUCCUCUGCUCGCCGCCUCCUACCCCCGGGUCUCGGUCGCGAGCCGCGCGGCGGAAGCAGCAGGGACCCCCCUCUCGCUGCCCAGUAGCCCGGGAGCGGCCCGAGCGCAGCCCCCGCCCGCCGGCCACUCCAGCAGCGGCCGCAGCGCCGCGGGCUCCCCCGCCCACCCGGUGACCUGGGCGCGGUCCGCCCGGGGCCCCGGCGGGGUCACCGCUGCGCUGCCGGCCAACGGGGGCGCCGGGGGCGGCGGCAGCCUAGGCGCGAGCCCACGGAGCACCCAACAGUCUGGCCCCGGAGAGCGAGAGCCCGGCGCUUGGAUGCCCCCCGGGCCUGGCCCCAGGACCCUGUUCUUCACCCUGCCGGACAUCGGCGAGGAGUGGGCCUCGGACAGCGACUCGGAGGACGGUGGAGAAGCAAGAGGACUGGCAGAAGGAUCUGGAAAGCACAGUGCCGUUGUGAAAAGCGAAGAUCCUUUACCUACACAUUUUACAAGAAAUGUGCAGAAAGCCAUUGAUAAAUAUGCCUGUGGAUCCGUAUCGUCGUUGCCAUCGAGUGGAAGGCCCACGCCUGCAGGUGCCCACAACUCUUGGUCUGGGUCUGGCACACAGAGUUCCACCACUGGCUUAUCAACGGAGAGGAGCUCCAUUUACUCCUGGAGAGAUGACGAGUUUGACAAAGCCAAUGCACAGAAAGUACAGCAGCUAUUCUGGGAGGUGGAAGAAAUGUUGUUCGAAGGGAAAGUAAGCCCUCAGACUCAGAAUCUAGUGGCCGAAUGCAGCGAGUGGGCAAGAAGAUCCCUCCACCUGAGAGUAUUAGGAAGACAGCUCAUAGUGCCGACUGAUGAAGGAUUCCAACAUUUCCAGGGUAACGAGCCUAGUUCCACGGUCCACACACCCUUCCUGGAUGCCUGCGGACACAAGCACAACAGCAGAGAGCUGUGCAUCUCUGGCUCUCAGAUACUCCCAGGGGUGUGCUCUUCCCCUGCACUGCCAGGCCCCGCUUGCACGCGGCCUGCUGACUGUUCAGCAGGUUCACCCCUGGAAGAAGAGGUUUACGAUGCGGAUGGAAAGAUGGAAGAAUAUUUUGCUUUUGACAGAAAAGAAGAGGGUGAUGAAUGUCUUGAACAGAAAUCAGUUCAUCGCCAUAGGAUGAGGCAUAAACACGGACUUCCUCCCGUUUCUCCUCACGACUGUAUCAAAGAUGCGGUGGCUGCGGAAGUGUUUGAUCAUGUCUGGACAAAUGUGGUAGCACUGUUGGAAGAGCUGGUUAGAAAAACUUGGGAAGUUACACUCCCAGGAAAGAAACAGAAAGAAAAAUUGAAAGUAGCUGAGAAUAAAUCUCCACUUACACUCAUUUCUCGUACGAACACCGAUGCGUCGAGUGUUCCCCCAUCCAGAAGCUCUGAAGCCCGAAGUAUAUCCCUGGCUUCUCAUCUUAAUCCACCUCAGGUUCAUCGCUUCUCCAACAACUUUUAUAGUGAUUUGAGUUGUGUGAUGACAAUUCAAGCAAAACCACUUCAGCAGAGACCUACCUGUUUUACGGAUAGAAUGCAGAAUGAACAAGAAGGCAAAUCACUGGGUGCAGGGGCCAGUGCUCCGUCUGUGGCCCGGCACCGUCUGGGACGAAUCUCGGAUGCUCGCGGACUCCACGCUUCCGCGAGGAAGACACCUGCACAUCUGAGGCUGCCUUCUCUCACUUCAGACUCCCAGAGGAUGAAAACCCCCAGUGUGUGCAGCGAUGAAGUUCUAAGGGGAACAAAGCCGCAAACUGGCAUAGACCGGGGGUCCUCCCCACCGGCUCAGGCUUCAAGAAGCAGGUUACCCCCCAUAGGCUCAGAGACUGGUGGGCAGAAUGUGGCAGUUCCUGGAUCUCGAUCUGUUCCUUACAGAGGGAGGCAUCCACAGAACCGUGUGUUAAGUGCAGUACCUGACAGUUUGGAACGCUCGCCUCUUCGAGAAAGAUCUCUGACCGUGGAACAGUUUUCAAGACCCAGCACAACCCAUACAUUUCGGUUAGAUACUCCUCGAAAAGGUUCACUGACCCUGAUGGAAUUUGCUGGCCACACAUGGACAAGUCAGAGUCUGUUGACAGAGGACGACUCUGACGUCAAGGAAGAGAUUCCAAGUGGCAUCUUGAUGGAACCGGGAGCAGCCAGUCUCAGCAUGCCAUUUAUCACACGAAUAAUGGAAGAACAAGGAUUCUACUACGCAUCAGUUUGUCUGACAGCGGGACCUGCCCGUCUGAGAGAAAUGCAAGCACAUAAACAGCUUAGUUUUGCAUCCUUGCAUUGUAAAGAGACUACAAGUCAAAUUCACCGACCUUCUUCACUGGAAGCGUUCGGAUCUAAUAGGUGUUUAUAA